AUGAACAGCAACGAUAUAUCAAAUUUAUCGUACAAAGAAUUACAAGCCUUAGCUCUUCGAUACCGAGUACCAGGUAACAUAAAGAAGAAAUUACUAAUUAAAGUGUUACAAGCCGCGAAAGGCGGAAAUGAAAAUGAAGUUGGCAGACUACUCCAAGAUCUUAAGCAGAAUCGUAAGAGGAAAGUGAGAAAAGUUAAAGUUGGAAAAAUCGGGUUAACCUCCACACCAUUGCAUAGUCCUGAUUACGGUAUGGCCGAUGAUUAUUACUGCCCACAACAGCAACCACCUUAUCAAUGGGUGGGUGCAGAAGAAGAAAUUGCAAGUAGAGAUGAUGACAAUAGAAUUCCUCAUUAUGAAGAAUUUAAACAAUUCUUAUUAAAAAGGAUACAAAGAGAAUUUCACACAUAUGAUGCAAAUAAUAAUCAAAUACAGGAUUCAGCUAUAGUGGAUUUAAGAACAGCAACAGUUUCAUGUGACAUACAAAAGGAUCCUUUAGAUGUUAAUAACUAUGCUAAGACUAAUAUAGUUGCUGUUAAUAAUUUAGAGUCAUCUGUAUAUCAACCAAAUGAUAAUGUAGAAUAUCAGACAUUAGAAGACACGAAUAGCAAUGUUCAGGGAUCUAUACUUCUAAAAAAAAUGUUACAAGCACCGGUUGGUGCAAAUCUGGGAGAAAUAGCUAGUCCUGCACUUGGGAGUUACAGAUUUUGGGCAAUGGAACAAUAUCAAUCCAAUAACUUAUUAGAUAAUUCUGAUACUUUAACUGCUGAGUCAGAUAAACAAGAUAAUGAGGAAAAUUUGGAAAGCAAUACAGAAUGUUAUGGACUUUUAAGUGGCAUAAAGGGAGAGUAUUUUUUAAAUGAACCAACUUUUGUGAAAAAUGUUGAAGAAAUUGGUCAACAAAUUUCAAAUGUCUUAACAAAUGAAAAUGUUAAUCAAUAUAGAUACCCUACCACAAAUAUUGAUAUACAGCAUGAUUAUGAAAAUUGGAGUAUUACUAAUGUUAUGGAUGCAACAGAUAACUGUACAACAUCAGAUGUCCAACCAUCCAAGAUAUUUCAGACAAUGUAUUGUGAUAAUAUAGGAUCUGAUACCUUGAAUAAACCAACAAAUGAUGAAAGUUUAACAUGUCAAUAUCAAAUGAUAGAAACUGCACAUCCUUAUCAUUCUAAUCAGAAUUUAUUAAAUUUAAAUCCACCAGAAGAAAAUCAAUAUUGUGAAACAAACAUCAUGCCUCAUGGGCAAUCUGAUUGUACUAACACAUAUUAUUUACAAAAUUUAAUUAAGUAUAGUACAGGCACUACAGGAGAAUAUUUGCAGUAUACGCAUUCUUUUUCAAAUGCAAACACUGAUCAAGAAACAUAUACAUCCACUAUAUCUCAAACAUUUUCUAACAAUAAUCACUAUAACUCUAAUCUACCAUAUGAAUACUCUUGCUCGCACAAUAACCAAGGAACAAUACCAUUAUCUGAAAAUUUAGAACACUCUGAACAAAAUUGUAAUCCUAUGCUACAAGUAGAAUCCAAUAUUCAUAGAGAUAUAUCUGCAACAAGUAUGACAGAAAAGGUACAAACAAACGAAACACUAGAUCCAUUUUGGCCAAAAAGAAUCCCUAAAACGCCUUCAGAUACUAUUUUAGAAAAUAUUUUGAAUUUCAUUAGUGCCAAACGCAUAGAUCUAUUUAAAUUAGAUCAAACAUCUUGUGUAUAUUGUUACAUAGCUCCUAUUGUAACUCAUACACCAGUUUCAUCAAGUAUAACUUGUUCCCAAAAAGAAAGAUUUGUUGCAGAAUAUAGGCAACAUUCUUUUUCUUCAUAUUGGUUACUCUACAAUGAUACUUCGUGCGGGAUGCGGAUGGCUAAUUUACAAACGAAAGUCAGAGAAGCUAUGAUAGAGGAAUCACGGGCAAUACACACAGCGAUAUCAAAUAGCAAUUCUAAUUUAAGAGAAUCAAUUGUAGAAAGUGAAGAUUCAAUUUCUGAAGUUUGGACCAACAAUUAUACGAAUUACGAAACAACAGUCGAAAAAGAUGUAAAUAUAUGCGAAGAUUUAAAUGUCGAAGUUACAGAUUGUUUAUUCUCGGUGAUAAAUACUGAACCAUUGGUUAGUCAAGUAGAUGACUUCCCUAAAAGUCAAACUCAAUAA